AUGCAAGAUGAUGGAGAAGAUGUUAGCGGUCUCUGGGGAGCAAGUAGCAAUAUUAACAACGGUAUUGAUGCUACAAGUAGCGAUAUUAACAACGGUAUUGAUGCUACAAGUAGCAAUAUUAACAACGGUAUUGAUGCUACAAGUAGCGAUAUUAACAACGGUAUUGAUGCUACAAGUAGCAAUAUUAACAACGGUAUUGAUGCUACAAGUAGCGAUAUUAACAACGGUAUUGAUGCUACAAGUAGCAAUAUUAACAACGGUAUUGAUGCUACAAGUAGCGAUAUUAACAACGGUAUUGAUGCUACAAGUAGCGAUAUUAACAACGGUAUUGAUGCUACAAGUAGCAACAUUAACAACGGUAUUGAUGCUACAAGUAGCAACAUUAUCAACGGUAUUGAUGCUACAAGUAGCAACAUUAACAACGGUAAUGAUGCUACAAGUAGCAACAUUAACAACGGUAUUGAUGCUACAAGUAGCAACAUUAACAACGGUAUUGAUGCUACAAGUAGCAACAUUAACAACGGUAUUGAUGCUACAAGUAGCAACAUUAACAACGGUAUUGAUGCUACAAGUAGCAACAUUAACAACGGUAUUGAUGCUACAAUUAGCGAUACUAACAACGGUAUUGAUGCUACAAUUAGCGAUAUUAACAACGGUAUUGAUGCUACAAGUAGCAACAUUAACAACGGUAUUGAUGCUACAAGUAGCGAUACUAACAACGGUAUUGAUGCUACAAUUAGCGAUACUAACAACGGUAUUGAUGCUACAACCAAAGUGCCGGGAUGUCCCACAGCACGCCCCAACGUCCCAGAAUGUCCCACAGCACGCCCCAACGUCCCAGAAUGUCCCACAGCACGCCCCAACGUCCCGGGAUGUACCACAGCCCGCCCCAACGUCCCAGAAUGUCCCACAGCACGCCCCAACGUCCCGGGAUAUCCCACAGCCCGCCCCAACGUCUCAGAAUGUCCCACAGCACGCCCCAACGUCCCAGAAUGUCCCACAGCACACCCAAACGUACCGGGAUGUCCCACAGCACGCCCCAACGUCCCAGAAUGCCCCACAGCACGCCCCAACGUCCCAGAAUGUUCCACAGCACGCCCCAACGUCCUGGGAUGUACCACAGCACGCCCCAACGUCCCAGAAUGCCCCACAGCACGCCCCAACGUCCCAGAAUGUUCCACAGCACGCCCCAACGUCCUGGGAUGUACCACAGCACGCCCCAACGUCCCAGAAUGCCCCACAGCACGCCCCAACGUCCCAGAAUGUCCCACAGCACGUCCCGGAAUGUCCCACAGCACGCCUCCAACGUCCCAGAAUGUCCCACAGCACGCCCCAACGUCCCGGGAUGUCCCACAGCACGCCCCAACGUCCCAGAAUGCCCCACAGUACGCCUCCAACGUCCCAGAAUGUCCCACAGCACGCCUCCAGCGUCCCAGAAUGUCCCGCAGCACGCCUCCAACGUCCCAGAAUGCCCCACAGCACGUCCCAACGUCCCAGAAUGUCCCACAGCACGUCCCGGAAUGUCCCACAGCACGCCUCCAACGUCCCAGAAUGUCCCACAGCACGCCCCAACGUCCCGGGAUGUCCCACAGCACGGGAUAG